AUGACGCACCUGCACACUUCUGUAUACUUCGUCACAGCACAGUUGCUAAUACAACUUGAUGCGGGGGGAGGAGAACGUCUCUGGCGUAAAACUCGAAGACCAGAUACUGUAAAUCCUGCUUGCGUUGGAGUUGAUGGAAACAGAAAUUAUGCUUAUCAAUGGGGAGGUGCUGGAACUUCUGAUAAUCCUUGUUCAGAUGUCUUCAAAGGUCGUGAACCAUUCUCCGAACCCGAGACUCGUACCAUGGGCAACCUGAUCAAAGCAGAAGCCAAUGCCAACCCUAACAGGGUCGGUUAUCUAACAUUCCACUCAUUCGGCUACUGGCUCCUGUUUCCUUGGGGACAUUCUCCUACUGCUCCAGAACCACCAUUUGCCCACAAAUUAAAAAGGGCGACCAAUAAUGUCGUGAAAGCAGUUCAUAGGAAAACUGGAGGAAUUUAUAAGGCUGGUAAUUCUGCCCAGCUCCUGUAUGCUGCAGCAGGAGGUGCUGAUGACUUUGCAAUGGGUGCAGCAGGAAUUGAAUUGGCGAUGACAGUGGAAUUGCCUCCAAGAGCUUCUGGAGCUGAAGGAUUCCUGCUGCCUCCUGAACGCAUCAUCAGCGUUUGCAAUGAGACUAUGAUUGUUGUUCGAGAACUUGGAAAUUUUUUGGUUGAUAACUAUUUGUUUAAGUGGAGAAUGAUAGAGAAUAAAUUAUUGUUUUGA